AUUUCAUCGACGAUUUUAAUUGAACUUUUCUCUCUCACAAAGCCAAAAGAAAAUGGAUUCGUUCUCGUCCUUCUUCGAUUCACAACCAGGAAGCAGAGGCUGGAGCUAUGAUUCUCUCAAGAACCUCCAUCAGAUCUCUCCUUCCGUCCAGAAUCAUCUCAAGCGGGUUUAUUUGACUUUAUGUUGUGCUCUUGUUGCGUCUGCCUUUGGAGCUUACCUUCAUGUGCUUUGGAACAUCGGUGGGAUUCUCACUACCAUUGCCUGCGUUGGGAGUAUGAUUUGGUUGCUCUCGUGUCCUCCUUAUCAACAACAAAAGAGGCUCUCACUUCUGUUUCUCUCUGCCGUUCUUGAAGGUGCUUCUGUUGGUCCCUUGAUCAAAAUGGCUGUUGAUUUUGACCCAAGCAUUCUCAUCACUGCGUUUGUCGGAACUGCGAUAGCGUUUAUCUGUUUCUCAGGAGCAGCGAUGCUAGCGAGACGCAGGGAGUAUCUCUACCUUGGUGGACUUCUCUCGUCUGGCUUGUCCAUGCUUAUGUGGCUUCAGUUUGCUUCUUCGAUCUUUGGUGGCUCCGCCUCUAUCUUUAAGUUUGAGCUCUACUUUGGACUCUUGAUCUUUGUGGGAUACAUGGUGGUGGACACACAAGAGAUUAUAGAGAAAGCACACCUUGGCGACAUGGACUAUGUGAAACAUGCGUUGACCCUCUUCACCGAUUUUGUGGCUGUGUUUGUUCGUAUUCUCAUCAUUAUGUUGAAGAACUCGGCAGAUAAAGAGGAGAAGAAGAAGAAAAGGAGAAACUGAGGCUGAAAGUUGACAAGGAAAAGCUUAAUAAGAGUGGGUGUUACAAAAAUAUAUGACAGGGUUGUUGUUUCUACGUGUUAGGACGCACUUUUGGUUUGCAUGUUCCUCUUAUUGCCACACGAUUGUAAAUGGAUCAAGUAGUUUUCGUCUUUUUUCUGUAUCUCGACUCUUUCGUAAUGUUCAAGGUGUUUGCUCUACUGUAAAGUCAUUUUGAGCUGAGAAUAAGCAGGGGAAUGAUUAAUAUUUGAACAAUUUAUCUCCAGGUAGUUCGGAGUUUUGUUAACGACUUUUAGUUUUAGCUUUGCCUUUGAUAAGCAAAAU